GAGACCCGGAGCUCCAGGACGCCCAGUCUCUCCGCUGCCGCCGGCCCAGACACAGCACCCCCGAGGCGGACACGAACCGGGCGCAGCUCCCCUGCAAACCCUGGAGCUCCACGACCUCGACUGCAGCCGGCCGGGUCGCUGAUGAACCAGUUAGAUACAGGAGAAAUAUUAAAGUGGAAAACAGGAAUAAUUGGAGUUUAAAGAGACUGAAAGAGACAGAAGAGAAGACAAGACAGAGAGAGAGAGGAGAGAAGUGGAGGAGGAGAGAGGGAGAGGGGGGAGUUGCACUCAUCCUGUGUGUCUCUUGCCCUGCCCAGAGCUGGAAUCAGCUGGAACUGGAUCUCAGCUCAGAAACAUCUCGUAAAAAUCAGCGUUUCUUAAUCACUGGAGGCUUACUGAGACUUUACUGGAUUUCCUCUCUGCUUCUAAUGAACAAAAAACAACUUUUACUCUAGAUUAAGAAACUUUAACUUAAUUUUGUGGAAACUUUGGAAUUAUUGCCUUUACCAAACAUUACUUAACUCCGUCGUGUUCCUGGAAAUUGGAGCUAUUUUAUCGGUAUUUUACCGGAACAUUAUUCAAGCUCUGCCGAUCUUGUAAUUCCUGGGACUUUACUGAUAUUCAACUGGGAUUCUACUGGAGAGCUACUCUGUCCUCGGGGGCUUCCAGUGUAAAACACCCCCACAACAUCCUGAAUAAAAACCUUCUUUUUCUGCGGUGUUUCCUUGGGAAUCUGUCACAUUUCAGAUCUUCUUCCAUCAUGAGUGCGUCUGUCAGUCUGUGGUUGUGUCUGUACCUGCCGCUGCUGUCCGUGGUCGUGUCGGUGGGCGGGCAGGCGGAUGGCCAAAACAAACCGCAGUCCCCCGUCAAGCUGGAGCCGUUCUGGUCCGGCGAGCCGCUGGGGAACCAGGCCGACGUCUACGUUCCUGAGCAGAACCUCGUCGCCGGGCCCGAGGUGCUGCUGGACCUCGACCGCCACCGCCGGCCGGCACGCGGCGCCGAGGACGAGGAGCAGCAGUCGACCUUUGGCCAAUCGUACGAGAACGACUCGGUGCCGACGCCGCAAGCCACCGACUUCAACACGACCGAGGCGGAGAUGGACGAUGAAAACCGAAGUGAUGAUGAUGAUGAGAACAAUCACCACGGUAACGCCUCCAACCCUGAGCACACCAACCCAGGGCUCUUCAACCCGUUCUACCCGCUGGUGGAGAGCUCGUACUCGGCCUACGCCGUGCUGUUCCUGGCCGGCCUGGUGCUGGCGGUGGGCGUGGUCGCCAACAUGGCCGUCAUCUGCAUCGUCUGGAACAACUACUACAUGAGGUCGGCCUGGAACUACCUGCUGGCCAGCAUGGCAUUCUGGGACUUCUGGGUGCUGGUGCUCUGCCUUCCCGUGGUCGUCAUCAACCAGCUCUCCCAUAGGAGGAUCCUGGGUGACAUCACCUGCCGCUUGGUGCCUUACAUGGAGAUCACGUCUCUGGGCAUCACCUCCUUCUCGCUGUGUGCUCUGGGGAUCGACCGUUUCCACGCCGCCACCAGCUCCUCGCAGCCGAAGGCGCGGCGGGUGGAGCGCUGCCGCUCGGUGCUGCUGAAGCUGCUGGUGGUGUGGCUGGCCUCGCUGGUCCUGUCCAGCCCGGAGAUCUUCCUGUGGCAGCUCAGCCAGGCCGUGUCGCCCGCCACCGGCAGGCUGGUGGACUCGUGCACCAUCACCCCGUCCUCGCCACUCUCGCUGUACCUGCCCGACUCGCUGCACUCGCUGCUGCUCAGGUACCACCAGGGCCGUAUGUGGUGGUGUUUCGGCUGCUACUUCUGCCUCCCCGUCGUCUUCACCGUCCUCUGCCAGCUGGCCACCUGCAACGUCAACAACGACUCCAGCUCCGCCCAGAAGCAGCGUGGCCACGACGACCGCUCGUCCAAUCAGAAGCGGCAGCAGCACCAGGCGGUGGAGCGCCAGCUGAGCUGCACGGUGCUGGCGCUGGCCGUGGUGUACGGCGUCUGCGCGCUGCCCGAGCAUGUCUGCAACAUCACGCUGGCGUACACGCACAUCACCGUCUCCGAGGACACGGCGGCCAUCCUGGCGCUGCUGCAUCACUUCCUGUUGUUUUUCAAGUCGUCGGUGACGCCAGUGCUGCUGCUGUGUCUAUGUAAGGCUCUCGGCCAGGCCUUCAUGGACUGCUGCUGCUGCUGCUGCCAGGAGUGCCAGCCGGCCGCCGCCCAGGGCUCGCCAGGCCCCGCCCAGGUCAAGCUGAAGACAGUAAAUGAGUCGUCCAUCUUCUUCGACAAGGCUAAAGACACGACGGCCAUCUUGUCCAUCACCAGCUAGAGCCACCGGUCCCCUUUCCCCCAUCUCUUCGUCGUCCCUCCAGCCAUCGCUCUGUCGUUCCACUUGCUUCUGUCUUCCCGUGCCUCUCUUGUAACCCAGUCUUUACCCAUAAUGCACUGCAGCCUUGUUUUUAUUCUUCACUAUGUCUUCCCUCUGUGUCCUUCCAGUGUUAACCACAAACCCUCCUCCUCCCUUCCUGCCCUCUUUGUGUCAUUUGCACAAUCUCUCCAGUCCCUUCUCUGUUUUUCUCUCCAUCCCCUCCUCCAUUAUUUGUAUGAUAUUGCUGUAUGGACACCGUGUCACCCCUCCAGUAGCAGAGUUAGUAAGUUGCUGUACUUGCACAACCAGCUGUUGUAAUAGCGGGAGCCUGUUUCCUGCGGGCAGAGCCUUCCCCCCCAGCUUCCUGCUCUGAUGUGGACGAGUCUGAGUUCAGAAGCAGAAUGGGUAGAAAUGACAAGAAUCCUCCUCAGCUGACAUUUUUUUAAGACGGCGGCUCAGGAGUUGAAGUUGCCAUGUGGAAAAUGAGCCGAGGCAAUGGUUCUAAUCCCUGGUCAGCUGCUCUGAGAACAGUUUCUAGUAGCAGGUGUCAGGCGUCAAACUGCCCCGCCCCGUCUCCCUGCAUCUGGCCUGCGACAAACAUACGACCUUGGUAGCUAAAUGUGACCAACAGAGAAAAAUCCUUUACCAUUUCCAUUUAUUUGAUUGGCAGGCGAGGGGCAUUGCAAUAAGAACAUGAGAAUCCAACCCACCGAGAUGCUGGUUGUACUGGGCAGCUCCCAGUGCAGAUUGAAUUUUAGUGACGGCAAACUUAAGGUGUGAGCAAGCCGAGCCUUGUGCGUGCAUUUUGCUGGCUGCAUUGAAAAUCUGGCGUCAUGUGACAUAAGCCAUUGGAAAUAAUGGGUUUUGAGAUGCAGGGUAGCUGUUGUCGUGACUUGGGUUAAAGCCCCACAACUGUGCCAGGGCGUCACUGAGAAAGAGGACACAUGGCCUUUCUAUCCACUCUGUUUCUGUGAAGGAUGUGCUGCUUCACUAAGCCAUCAAUCCAGUCGUUACAAGCUCAUUUUCUAAAGGGAAGAAGGAAGCAGGGAAGGAAGGGAGGAAAGGAGGGAGAGAGGAUGUAAAGAAUAUGUGAAUGCAGCGUGGGCCGCCUCACUGCUGAGACGGCCUCUUUGUACAGGAAGUGAAACCGUGUAGGAAGCUGUGUAUUAAUACGUCUGUAGCACAGCGGCGUCAGACCGUCGAACUCAACUAGCGCAGAUGAAGAAACAAAAAACAAAAACAUGAAUGUAGUUCUUUUUAAUCCUAGUUUUAACUAAUUACUUCUCUGUAAGAAGGAAAGAGUUAGCAAUUUUUCUAUGUCACAACAAUGUCCAUGCUUUUUGUAAUAUAUUCUGUCACAGUGUUGCGUUUCAUGGUUUUGAAGUUUUCUGUAUGUCAGAGCCGACUGUGCCUUAGCGUCUCCUCAGCCCUUCAACCCCAGACUGCUGUCAGUCGAUCAGAGUCCACACAGGUUGGUACAACAGCCGGUAGCUGGUUAGAUUAGAGAGACUCAGUGUGUGUUCACACUGCCAGCGACUCACCUGCUGUUGGAUUUUUCUGGUUUCCCAAAGUAGGCGACUUCGCACAUGUGUCUGGCUGAAAAAAUUCGACAAAAGAUGGAAGCGAGAGAAUAUGGAGUCAUCUGUCAACGAUCAAACCAGCACCACCUUAGCUUGCAAACGAUCUUCGGUUAUUUCAAGUGGUGUUGAUGAAAAAAAAACCUGGGAAACUGGAAGCUGCAGCGUGUUCGUUAUCAAGAAUAUAUUAAUGUAUCUCAAAUGGUUUCUUUGGCCAUGUUGGAAAGAGCAGUUACAUCUCAAGUCCGAAAAUUCAUGCUCCACCUGAUGCUCGAAAACGGACAUUGGAGAGCGUUCAGGUGCCACUGGGAAACUGAAUGUUCUGCAAAUGUUCUGCAAGGGGAGAAACGGGAAAAUACGUACAAAUAAGACUAGGUGUUGAUGGCCAAUGGCUGUGAAAAGUUCAGCCACAGCCAACUUGUUGAUCGUCCAACAGAGUUUGGGUCCCGAUGGGUUCGGACAAAAAUUUAGAGAUCAUGUCCGGGAGUACGAGCAAACUCUCAGGCUCAGGUUGGGUUUGGACAAAAACAUACCCUCCAAAUGUCAGUCGAGUUCCCACAGGCUCCUCAGCUCUGUCGGCAGUAAAGGAAUUAUUUUGGACUUCUUCAGGUGGUGAUAAUAUAACAGCCAUUUUGAAUUGGAUGCUGCAGCGUUGUAGUUGCUAAGUGUAACCAAUGUGCUGCCAUCCUCUGAUCGUUUCUGGGCGAGGGGAAGGAUAUGUAAAAGUAAGACUAGCUGUUGACGGCCAAUGGCUGUGAAAAGUUCAGCUGCAGCCAGCUUGUUGACCCUCCAGCCGAUUGUGGCUCCCGGUGGGUUGGUUGGUUAGUUAGUUGGUGGUUAGGGUUAGUGGUUGCUCACAGUGUGAACACACAGUCAGAGACAUGGAUUAUAAACCGUUUGGCAAACCAGGCAGGACUGAGGUCCUUUAUAUCACAACUAAAGAUGACCAACAGAGUUUCCAGCUGCUGGUGCUGCUGCAGAUAGGCUCUCCAUCCAACAAGAACAAAACAGAAUGUGUCAUGAGGUGUUCAAGGUGACGUGGUAGACCUUGAAAACCUUGAAGUGAUGUGUUGACUUGCGAAGCAGCUGAUACAGUUACCUGAAACCACAGGUAAAGGAAAACUCCAACAUUUUUCCACAAAAUACCAGUCUGGGGAAGUCGGGAAAAGAUUUUGACCAAAACUUUGGCACAUUCCCUUAAGAAUGCAAAAAAGGUAGUUUGCUAAACAUAAAAAAUUUGGACUUUCCAAAUGUCUUUGAAGGUCGUACUUUUUUUUUCAGCAUAGUCCCUGGGAAUUAACCUGUGUUGUUUAAAGGGAAGAACUCUUGUUGUUCAUCUUUAAUUCUGUGGUUUUGAGAGGAACUCUUUCUGAAACUGGUUUGCCUAACUUCUGUAAUCUGUGGCUCUGGCUUAAGGUUAAUAGCACAUAGGCUACUAAUAGGUAGAGACAAUUAGAUUAAGAAUAUUUUUUCAGUCAAGUCACUGAAGGCUUGAACUGUGUUUAAAAUGUUGUCACUGAAGUUGUAAUGCUGCCUGGAAACAGUAGAACAAAGUGGUAGAAAGUGCUGGAGAUGUGGUCAAACACCAUCUCAUGUCUUGUCUUGUCCAGGGUUGGGGAGUCACAAAUUCAAGGAUUACAGUAAUCUGAUUACAAACGGGAAAUCUUAUGCUGUUUCAACAUUUUAUAUAUUGCAUUUUAAUUGCACGAUUACAAUUACAAAGGCAUUUUACACCACUUGAAACUUGUAGUCGUUGCUGGAACUGGUGAAGGUCGAGUCUGAUGUACCUGUGAUUUUACGCUGGAAUAAAUUUUGCUGUGAAAUCAGAGAGAAACAAAGAUAACUGUGACAAUUUGUUGUACUGAAAUCAGAGCUUUUAAAGGGAUACUUUGACUGGGUGAAAUUAAUUAAAGCAGAAUUCCUGCCAAGUCAGAUGGUUGGUGGAACUGGAAUACAAAAAGUUUGGUUUUCCCAGCCAUCACUGCACCAACAUUUGCAGCAUUUAGCCUCCACUAAUGGAGACAAAUAGGGAAGGAUAUGCUGCCCUGAGUCACAAAAUGGGUGUGAGGCAGAAAAAAAUCCAUUCAGGAGAAAAAAAGAGAACUUGAAUACUUUUGUGUUCUUUUGCAAAACUUUAGUGUUUUCUUGAGAAACUGUGGAUUUUUUGAGACUAGUGCAGAAACUUCAAAGUGCCUGCAGCCCCCUGGUUUCUCGCUCUGCAGCAGGUGGACGUGUUGAGCAUCAAAGUCCAGCGUUGUGCACGUUAAACAGACACACAAACGUUUUGUGAUGCAAAAAGUUUCUCCGAGUGAACGCAAAAGUUUUGUGAAAUGAUGCAAAAGUGUUUAAAUUUGUUUUUUUCCAGUUUUGUUGCUUCUGCAUGAUAUUUUUUCCUCCCCAUGUCCAUUACGGGGCUCUGCAUGUUCUCAAAAACAUUUAUGCAACUUAAAAUCAACUCCAACACUUUGUUUUAGCUCUAUGGUGCACAAAAAGUAAACAUAUAUUUUUUUCUUUUUUUUUUACAUCUUUGCCUCCCAUUCUUUUAGCUUUAGCAGAGCCAGGUUAUGUUAAUGUCCCUUGAAAACGAUUUCGUUUCAGGUCAUGGGAGGCAGGAGGCUACGUCUCCUUCACAAGUGUCUGGCUAAGAAACUAGAAAUUAAUGACUAAAAAUCAAUAUGUUCAAGGUAACCCUUUAAAGGGGAAGUCCACUCAAAUCACUUUUAUCAGGCUGUCAUGCCUUUUCCUGAAUGUGACGUUCACUGGAAAACCAGACGAGGAAAACUCAUCUUGUGAAUAGAAAAGAUUUCAAACAGAACCAGAGUGCGGCAAAAAGCAGCAAAUCAGAUGUAGAGGUGGUAAUUUAUAAAUAAAGGUUUGUAAUUUAAACUCUUAA